UCAUAAUAUUUUUAAUGAUAAAAUGUCAUAGUUAUCUACGUGAUGGCCAAGUAAUCUUAUUUUGGGUGUUUAAUAUCUUAAUUAAAUAAUCUUUAAAUGACCAUAUUUAAUGAGAGUUAAUGCGAGGCAACAGAUGUUUCCAAUCCCCCAAGGAAGAAGUGUUGUUUGUCGGAAUAAUGGGGGCAAUAAAGCCAACUUUACCCCUUUCAGUGCCGUUUUUCUUAUGGAAGUCAACUUCGAACUUUUAAACUUAGAAAUCUGAGCCGUGAACUAGUCGAAUUCAAACCUUACUCCUAAACCCUAGCUUCCAAAAUCUGUUUUGGAGAACCCAAAGCAAUAAAUUAUCGUAUUUGUAUCGAAUUAUAUUCCCCAUUUGACGUCGAUUUGGACGAAACAUGGCGGCUGUGAGUGUGAGGUCAUCCAUGAGGUUGGGCAGAUGGACAAUUGUGGGUGGCGAGGAGUCCUGAGUUGCUGCCCUGGAAAAGACGAAAAUCUACGAUUGAUUUAGAGUCAAACUAAGAGGAGAAAGAUCGAAGGUAAGGGACAACCGUACUUUUCCGUCCGAGGCCAACAGGGAAUAUGAGUCGUCAGAUACUUUUUCAUCACGGCAAAGCUGGAAAAUUUCAGAGCUUCAUGCGGAGAGCGAUGCCACUACUCUGCUCUUUCUGGGAGCCAGGUGGAUUCGAUGAUCACAGCAGGAGGACAAGAAGGAAAUCGUUUCGGGCAAAAGAUAAAAGCCGCAUGCUAGGAGAAAAUCUCAGUCUCUCUCUCUCUCUUUCUCCCCGAAAAUAUCCAAAUUUUACGCAUUGACGGCUUGUUACUUUGUGCCCGUCGUUGUUUGAUGAAUUGCCGCUUGCACGGUUUACAAGUAUACUAGCUUUAUCUCUUAGCUAGUUCAAUUUUGCGAAUGCCACCUACACGGGGCUACUGCGUAAUUUCACUGAAGUUGGUAUUCGGUGAUGGAUUGUCGUUGAGACUCUUCAAUUUAAGGAACCAGUGGUCUUUUUAGAAUUCUUUUCCACUUAAAGUGCUUACAUUUGCUGAAACUCUUCUUCAGAGAUUAUUUCUUGUAGAAUUUGGGGGGUUCUCUCAUGGAUGUCGAAACUACAGGUCUUCAGAUUCCGGUUCAGAAAGAAUCAUGGAAGACGGUGUUGAUCUUGGCUUUUCAGAGCCUGGGAGUUGUCUAUGGUGAUUUAAGCAUCUCCCCACUGUAUGUAUACAAGAGCACCUUCGCUGAAGACAUUGAACACUCAGACACCAACGAAGAGAUUUAUGGGGUUUUAUCCGUUGUUUUCUGGACACUCACCUUAGUUCCUCUUCUCAAAUAUGUCUUCCUUGUGCUCAAAGCUGAUGAUAAUAGGGAAGGGGGAACAUUUGCUUUGUAUUCUCUCCUUUGCAGACAUGUCAGAGUCAGCCCACUGCCUAAUAGCCACUUAACAGAUGAAGAAUUGUCAUCUUAUGAGAAGCAUUCCUCUGAUCCUGCUCCAAUCACUUGUGGGUCGAGGCUGAAGGCUGCAUUGGAGAGGCAUAUAGGGUUGCAGAAAUGUCUGCUUGUGUUGGCUUUGAUCGGGGCUUCUAUGGUGAUUGGCGAUGGUAUACUGACGCCAGCACUAUCUGUUUUCUCCGCAGUGUCUGGAGUGGAGCUUGCAAUGUCAAACGAGCAUCACCAAUAUAUAGAAGUUCCACUUGUAUGUAUCAUCCUGAUCAGUUUGUUUGCCCUUCAACAUUAUGGUACCCACAAGGUUGGGUUCUUGUUUGCACCUAUUAUCAUGAUGUGGCUGUUGUGCAUCAGUGCUCUUGGUCUAUAUAACAUCUUUCAUUGGAACCGUAAUGUCUACAAAGCACUAUGCCCGUAUUACAUGUACAAGUUUUUUAAGAAAACCCGAAGAGAUGGCUGGAUGUCCUUGGGUGGCGUCCUGUUAUGCAUAACUGGUUCAGAAGCUAUGUUUGCAGAUCUAGGACACUUCUCACAGUUGUCAAUCAAGAUUGCAUUCACAUCCCUGGUUUACCCAUCCUUAGUACUGGCAUAUAUGGGACAAGCUGCUUAUUUAUCUCAGCACCAUGAUAUUAGACAUGACUAUCAAGUGGGAUUUUAUGUUUCUGUACCUGAGAAAUUAAGAUGGCCAAUUCUGGCAGUUGCAGUACUUGCUGCAGUUGUGGGAAGCCAAGCCAUCAUCACUGGGACUUUCUCAAUCAUCAAGCAAUGCUCUGCCCUGGGUUGCUUCCCAAGAAUCAAAAUAGUUCACACAUCAUCCAAAAUACACGGCCAGAUUUACAUCCCCGAGAUUAACUGGAUCUUGAUGCUACUGUGCUUGGCUGUUACUAUUGGUUUCAGAGACACAAAACGCUUGGGUAAUGCUUCAGGUUUAGCAGUUAUAACUGUCAUGCUGGUCACCACCUGCCUAAUGUGCCUAGUUAUUGUAUUAUGCUGGCAUCAAAGCAUCUUCCUUGCAAUUUGCUUUCUCCUCUUAUUCGGAACAAUUGAAGCUAUCUUCUUCUCUGCUUCCCUAAUCAAGUUUCUUGAAGGAGCAUGGGUCCCCAUUGUGCUGGCAUUCAUACUCAUGACACUCAUGUAUUCCUGGCACUAUGGCACGUUGAAGAAGUACGAGUUUGAUGUUGCAAACAAGAUCCCGGUCAACUGGCUGCUUAGCUUGGGUCCCAGCCUUGGCAUUGUACGGGUUCGAGGCAUUGGCCUGAUACACACCGAACUCACCUCUGGAAUCCCAGUAAUUUUCUCCCACUUUGUCACCAACCUCCCAGCAUUCCACCAGGUCCUGGUCUUUGUCUGCGUUAAAUCUCUCCCAGUUCCUCAUGUUAAAAAGGAAGAGCGAUUCCUUGUGGGGCAUAUUGGGCCCAGACAGUACAGGCUGUAUAGGUGCAUUGCCCGCUAUGGCUACCGUGAUGUUCAGAAGGACGAUCUGGAGUUUGAGGAUGACCUCGUACUCACCAUAGCAGAAUUUAUUCAGACAGGAAAAGCAGCGCUCAAUGACAGUGAUGGAAAUUGGCUAAGGGAAGAUGAGAACAUGGCAGUUGUUGGAACACCCUCAACCCGUGCAGGAAAAAUCCAAAUGCGCAGGGGAGAGAUAGGGGAUGAUGAUGAUGCACCGGAGCUGAAGCCUCCGGUAAGACAAGCGAGGAAAAGGGUCCGAUUUGCCAUACCAGAGAGCCAACAGAUGGACUUGAGAGCUUGCGAGGAGUUGAGAGAACUGAUGGAAGCUAGGGAAGCCGGGGUGGCUCACAUUCUGGGGCACUCAUACGUGAGAAGCAAGAAACGGUCCAGCCUGCUGAAGAAGCUUGUCAUCGACUAUGGGUAUGAAGUCUUAAGGAGGAACUGUAGAACACCAACUUAUGCUCUAAGUUUGCCAAAUGCAUCUACUCUGGAAGUUGGAAUGGUCUACCAUGUGUGAUUUUGAUCACAUACAACAGUACAGCUAAUAAUGUCAUCUCUAUCUAAUUAACUCUCUCUCAGUAGUUCGAAAGUUAAUGAACUUAGUUUGAUGCA